GCAGUAGCUGGAUGAGGGCGUUGCUUGCCUCCUCCCUUUUUUUUCUCCGAUUGGUUCUGAGGGGUAUAUUCGAGUUGCAAAAUGGCGGCCCCGAGCGCUCUCUUCAGCGUUCAGUAGCAGCUUCAGGCUGAGCGGAUGUCUCUUCUCCUCAGUUUCGGACUCAGAGACACGCGGCUCCCGACUCCUGCUGAUCACGAAGUCCUUGAAGGCGCUCAACGCACCGGAAUCUCCCAGCGGCCGCGACCGCCGCCUCGGCCCUGCUCUCCGCGGCGCCGGAACUCAGCGUGAUCUGCGGCGGCCGUCUAGGAGGUUCACAAAAAUGGCGAAGAGAGUUGCGGAGAAGGAAUUAACAGAUAGGAAUUGGGAUGAAGAAGAUGAAGUUGAAGAGAUGGGAACAUUCUCAGUGGCCAGUGAGGAAGUCAUGAAGAACAGAGCCGUGAAGAAGGCAAAGCGUAGGAAUAUUGGCUUUGAAUCUGAUAGCGGAGGAGCCUUUAAAGGUUUCAAAGGGUUGGUUGUGCCUUCUGGAGGAGGAGGGUUUUCUGGAUUUGGUGGUGGCUCUGGAGGGAAGCCUCUGGAAGGACUGACAAAUGGAAACAGCACAGACAGUGCCACGCCCUUCUCCAGUGCAAAGACAGCAGCGGAGCCUAAGGCAGCCUUUGGUUCUUUUGCUGUGAAUGGCCCUACUACUUUGGUGGAUAAAAAGAUCUCCAGUCCUAAAUGCAAUAGCAGCAAUCAGCCGCCCUCCUCCGGCCCAGCCUCCAGUACCUCCUGCACUGGGAAUACCUAUCAUAAGCAGUUGGCUGGCUUGAACUGCUCUGUCCGGGAUUGGAUAGUGAAGCAUGUUAACACAAACCCACUUUGUGACCUGACGCCCAUUUUUAAAGACUACGAGAGAUACUUAGCGACGAUCGAGAAGCAGCUGGAGAAUGGGGGUAGCAGCAGCUCAGAGAGCCAGACAGACAGGGCGACGGCUGCAAUGGAGCCUCCUUCCCUUUUUGGUUCAACAAAACUACAGCAAGAUUCACCAUUUUCAUUUCAUGGCAACAAAGCGGAGGACACAUCUGAAAAGUUGGAGUUUACAGCAGAAAAGAAAUCGGACGCAGCACAAGGAGCAACAAGUGCCUCGUUUAAUUUUGGCAAGAAAAUUGAGAGCUCAGUUUUGGGCUCUUUAAGCUCUGGCUCCCUAACUGGGUUUUCAUUCUCUCCUGGAAACUCUAGUUUAUUUGGUAAAGAUGCUGCCCAGAGUAAAGCAGCCUCUUCACCGUUUUCUGCUAAAGCAUCCGAGAGUCAAGCAGGAGGCAGCAGCAGUGAGUGCAGAGAUGGUGAAGAAGAGGAGAGUGACGAGCCACCCAAGGUGGUGGUGACUGAAGUGAAGGAAGAGGAUGCUUUCUACUCCAAAAAAUGUAAACUAUUUUACAAGAAAGACAAUGAAUUUAAAGAGAAGGGUGUGGGGACCCUGCAUUUAAAACCCACAGCGACUCAGAAGACCCAGCUCUUGGUGCGGGCAGACACCAACCUAGGCAACAUUCUGCUGAAUGUUCUGAUCCCACCCAAUAUGCCGUGCACCCGGACAGGGAAGAACAAUGUCCUUAUCGUCUGUGUCCCCAACCCCCCACUUGAUGAGAAGCAGCCCACUCUCCCGGUCACCAUGCUGAUUCGGGUGAAGACGAGCGAGGAUGCCGAUGAGUUGCACAAGAUUUUACUGCAGAAAAAGGACGUCUGAGCACUGAGGCUGACCAGGGCACGUCACCAUGUUGCUGCUUCCCUUUGCCCCUAAACUUAGUCACAUUCUUUCCUCUUUGUACUGUGACAUUCUGAGAACUUCUAGGUAACUUGAAACUUUUGUGAGGAAGAUUAAGGCCAAUAAAUCCUUUCAGUGUGUCGAAGCUCUUCUCCCUUCCUAAGAACUAAGCAAAAUACAUUGGAGUGAAAAGUUUGGGAAGAUUUUUUAAUGUCGAUUCAUUGAGUAAACUAACCUAAGUGAUUCUUACGGACUGUAAUCAGGGUACCAGUUAGCUCUCCAAAGGCUCCCUCAGGCAGCCACGGGUGCCACUCUCUUCCUGCCCUGGGAGACUCAAUGGCAGUGUCCACAGAGUUCCAGAAGACGCCUGCUCCCCUCCUGUGGGCUUGUUUGGUCCGUGACUAGCACUCCUGCCAAAUACCACACCGGCACACUGUAACCGCGCUUGUUCUGUUUCCUUCUGAGCGGAACUGUGGGUCCUGGGGAUCUCUGUCCUUAGCCUGUUUUUGACAGGUGCUGGCCUUUGACCUGGAACUACUUGACUGAACCAGGCACUGCCUUUCCAUGGGAAGAGAGGGCAGGUAGUGGCUUGUCGGGGAGCUGGCGAGGUAUAGACUGGGUUUUGUCGUUUAUCCAUGAGGUGCUCUUACUUGCUUACCUCCCUAGUUAACAUGGAUGGGGGCUGUCAGGAAUAAUGGAUUUUAUUAAAAGCACAAAUUUGGUAGCAUUUUUAAAAUAUCAUUUCUAUACCACAAACAAGCCUUUAUUUUAAAAGAAAAAAGUGAAAUUGUGCUGAAAAGGGUUGUAUGCUCGUGGCCGUUUGUGCCCUGGGGACCUGGUGGUCACAAUCUGAAUGGAGCCCUGUCAGAGGGUGCUCGUGAGAAGGAAGAGUGUGGGAGUGGAGACGGCUCAUUCGGCCUGUGACUUCAGACAGCAGCAUGUUAUUCAGCGUCUGAAAAGCCCAAUUUCAUUUUUACCUUUUUACGGAUGAGGUAUUCUUGAGUCUGCCCACUUGGAAGAGAGCCAUGGUUCUACACGCCAUUCAUGCCACUUGAGAGCGGUGAGGUUACCGAUACUAGCAUUCUCUCAAGGCCAGACAUCAGUUAAAUGCAAGGUUUGUUGACGAGCUGGUCACGGCUCCCUCCUAACCCCAGUGCCGGAAAGCUGAGGCAGGAAGACCGUGCGAGUUCACAACAGCCUGAGCUACGCAGUAGGACCCCUCCCCCUAAAAUAAAAUAAAAGUUUGAUGUCUAAA